AUGCCUCAGGGAUUCCCACUGUACCCCCAGCCUGGGGUCCCCCCGUACCCCCAUCAUACAUCUCAGCCCAGGGAUGCCCCCAGGCUCUCAGCCUCGGGGGUGCCCCACAUCCUCAGCCCCAGUACAUACCCCCAGCACACCUGGCCCGGAUCUCAGCGGGGGGAUCCCCUCAAAUCCCUCAGUACCCCGAGCUCCGAGCAUCCCGUUGCUCUCCCGGCCGGCGGCUACCCCGUACCUCCUCCGACCCACAUCUCAGCCCAGGGACCCCCCUGUACCCCCAGCCAGGGUCUCAACCCCGGGGAUCCCCUUGGCUCCCGCCGUGCCCCCAGUCCAGGGUGCCGCCUCUACCCCCAGCGCACACCUCAGCCCGGGGGUCCCCUCGAAUAUCUCACCCCGAGAGAUCCCCUUGGAUUCGAUGGGUGGCGGGGAGAGCGGCCCCGCAGCGAGGAGGACAACGAGCUGAGCCUGCCCGGGCUGGCCGCCGCCUACACCUCCAUCCUGCGGGCUCUGGGCGAGGACCCGCAGCGCCAGGGGCUGCUCAAGACGCCCUGGAGAGCGGCCACGGCCAUGCAGUUCUUCACCAAGGGCUACCAGGAGACCAUCGCGGAUGUCCUGAACGACGCCAUCUUCGACGAAGACCAUGAUGAGAUGGUAAUUGUGAAGGACAUAGACAUGUUCUCAUUGUGUGAGCAUCACCUCGUUCCAUUUGUUGGAAAGGUACACAUUGGUUAUCUCCCCAACAAACAAGUGCUUGGCCUCAGCAAGCUUGCUAGGAUCGUGGAAAUAUACAGUAGAAGAUUACAAGUGCAGGAGCGCCUCACCAAGCAGAUCGCCAUCGCCAUCACAGAGGCGCUGCAGCCCGCGGGCGUCGGCGUCGUCGUGGAGGCCACGCAUAUGUGCAUGGUAAUGCGUGGGGUUCAGAAAAUGAACAGUAAAACAGUAACCAGCACAAUGCUGGGGGUGUUCCGGGAGGACCCAAAGACCCGAGAAGAAUUCCUCACUCUCAUCAGGAGCUGAAACUGUGUUACCCUCUGGAUGCCCUCUGGAUUGCUCUGUCCCGUGUCACUGUCUGUCCCUGUCCCCACAGCCCAAUUCUAAACUCAGUUGUCGUGAAUUGUUGUCAUAGUCUUUGUGCAGUGAAAGGGCUUCUGGUGGCAAAUGGAAAAUGGAAAAGGAAAAUGCAAAAUGGAAAAUGGAAGAGGUAGGGAUGAGGGAAAUCCUCCUGGAUUUCCACUGAUGCUGAUGUCACAGAGUUACAAGCCACAAAUAGGAGCUUGGAAAUGUUUUUCCAUCCAUAAUGCAGAAUAUCCAACUGUCAGGAGAGAAGUGAGGCUUCGGAGUGAAAUGGGUGUUUACGAAAUAGUUGUGUUUAUUAGAAUAGAUGUGGAGCAGCACAGGGAACAGCUGAAAGGAUGUGGAUCUUUGUAGGACUGGGAUUGUCCCAAAUUAUUGGACUAUGUUUUAUUGCAAGUCCUGCAGUGGCUGUUUCAGUACCUGGAUAUGUGUUAUACCUCUGAGAUGUUACCUCUGGUGUGUUUUAUAUCCUUGCUAGUAUUAACCCUCUUUUUCGUGGUUUUUGUUUGUUUGAGAAAUGUGUAAACUCCAUUUUUCCUAUCCUCUUAACAGGCAGGGAAUUAACUUCUGAAUUAUUAGGGGCACAGCCCUGUCUCAGUACAAAGGGGUUUAUGCACCUUUUUCUCUGUGCCUCAGAAUGUCUGAUCACUUGUACUGUCAGUUUCUUACUGUUUUUAAGGAAACUUUAACACAGGAGAGGAAAAAGCCCUGCAGAGUCUGUCUGCAGAGUACUGAGGUAUCCAAAGAGAUUUUUAAUGAUAUUUAUACCUUGAGCUUUCCUUCUUGGAUUUCCACGGGUUAGACUGAGAAGCCAAAAUCAGUCUGAUAAUGUGAAAAUGAAGAUUUGCAAGCAUUCCAAGGUUUCCAUUUCCAAUGCUGGACCAAAGGUGAGCAUGAAAUCCUGAGCACAGCACAUGGUACCUCCCCUCCCUGCCCACAGGUUGGGUUAUUUCAGGGCAGAGCAACCUGGAAUGACAACAGCUCAUUUCGUAAGAGCAGCUGAGAAAAGCAUUUCCAGGGCCACCAGAAUGAAUCAAACCACUUUUUUUUUUUUUU